CGAAAAGUCCCGUCGUUCGAAUCGCGAGGUGCGAUGAACAGACCCUGCAGCUCCCCACGGGCGGCGUGCGGGAGGUCGGCUUGGCAGCCUAGCUGGGCUCUCAAGGCACCUGCUACUGAGGCAGCAAGACAGUCCAGUCCCUUCACCUAUCCGACCCUCGUCGCCGCCUACAAGCCUCCAUUCCUACGCACGGAGAUGCCUUCAACACGCUCGACGGCUCCCUAAACGAGCAGCAACAUUGACCCCCCUCCGCCCUUUCCGCAGAGCUUAGUCGGCAUGCCUUCGACGGAGAAAAGUCAGCUCAAACGCGGUCGACAGUCACAAGACGAGCAAAUCGAGCCAAAGAAACCUCGCCGUUCCCAGCGUAAUUUGUCGCCGUCGUCCCACAAUCCGAAUCCGCACCUGAAGCAAGGCCCGCUACCGUCACCCGUCACUCACAAAGACUCCACCGCUACCGAGGAUUUCAAAGAGGGAACUGCCACACCCCCGAGCAAAGGAAGCUCCGUUUCCCAGUCCCAGGCAUUCCGCAGUCCGCGAGGUGCGGGAGGUCUGUCUUCACCUCCGCAGGAUACCCAGCCAUUCUCCCAAUUCAUAUUCCCGCCAGCAAGCCGAAUCUAUGAAGUGGACGACGAGGAAUCUGAGGGUGUCUGGGGCUACCUAGUACCGCUAGACGCCCACUCUGGUGAUGUCCUUGUCCUUCGGCGACGUGCCGCAUGCCCAACUCCGAUCGCGGAGGUCGGAAAGCCAUCUGGCUCAGAGAAGGUACCGCGAGACACCUACGAGCGCCAGGAGGAGGAUUACGAGGACUACAAGGAAGAAAAGGGCGUGACUGCGAGCGGAUAUCUUAUCGGACGGCAUCCCGAGUGUGACCGUGUCCUCAAGUCACCCACCGUCUCAAACCGGCACUGCCUACUGUUUCCCGAGAAUAAGGGCGGCGACGCAAUCGCCGUGCUUGAAGACGUUUCCGGCAAUGGCACGUUCGUGAACGACACACUCGUUGGCCGAAACAAGAGACGGGAAUUGAACGAUGGUGAUGAGAUUGGAAUUCUCGACGAGGCACACUACGUCUUCCGCUAUCCUCACAGUCGCGAUACGAAUGGUUUCCGGCAACAAUACACAAUCCAGGAACAGCUUGGCAAAGGUCACUUUGCGUCGGUGUAUCUGUGCGUGGAGAAGAACUCGGGCAUCCGGUACGCUGUCAAGAAGUUCGAAAAACGCUCGGGUCCGGGAGAGAAGUCCAAAGUCGACGGCCUCCAACAGGAGAUUGCUGUUCUGAUGGGAGUGAGCCAUCCGGCUCUGCUCUGUCUCAAGGACACCUUUAACGAGGAUGAUGGAGUUUAUCUCGUGCUCGAACUUGCUCCAGAGGGCGAACUUUUCAACUGGAUCGUUAUGAAGCAGAAAUUAACCGAGACGGAAGCUCGUAAGGUGUUCAUACAACUGUUCCAGGGCGUUAAAUACCUGCAUGAGCGAAAUAUCGUGCAUCGAGACAUCAAACCGGAAAACAUCCUUCUUACCGAUAAGGAUCUUCAUGUCAAGCUGGCUGAUUUUGGACUCGCUAAGAUCAUCGGCGAAGAAUCUUUCACGACCACGCUAUGUGGAACUCCGUCUUAUGUCGCUCCGGAGAUCCUAGAAAGCUCGAACCACCGCCGAUACACUCGCGCCGUAGAUGUCUGGUCGCUCGGUGUCGUGCUGUACAUUUGCUUAUGUGGAUUCCCUCCGUUCUCGGACGAGCUUUACAGCCCAGAGAACCCGUACACGCUAUCUCAGCAGAUUAAAAUGGGCCGAUUCGAUUACCCGUCGCCGUACUGGGACUCUGUAGGAGAUCCCGCUCUCGAUCUCAUUGAUCGCAUGCUCACGGUGGACGUGGACCAACGCAUUACGAUGGACGAGUGCUUGGAGCACCCGUGGACGACCCAGCAAGACUUAAACCCAAAUGAUAGCACAGACGGCUUGACAGGAGCUAUCGCUAACCUCGAUUUCUCCAAACGCAAGGUCCACCGCGAACGAACGCUGCUUAGUAGCAUCAACGACAUUAGGGUGACACGGGUUAUCGAAGCUCCGCACGGACAGCGGCCCAUCAAAGUCUAUGAAAAGAACAAAUCGGCUAAGAACGGCGUCAAGAACAAGAACGGAGGGAAGGAGGCGACACCAGCUGCCAACAGGAACCCCGACGAGUUUAUUCAGAUGGGCGGCAAGGGAGAUCAGCCUCUGUACGAUACCGAGGACGGCUCACGGGCCUCCUCAUUGGACGGGGAGUUUGGUGUUAUGGUGCAGAAGGCAGGAAAACAGUGGCUUGCCACAUUGAGGAAGAUAACCUUGACAUGUUUCUUCGCCAAGCAGUUCAGACGACGUUUCGCAGACGCUAUAGCGGAUGUGGGGUUUGCCGGCCCAUUGGGCGAUUUUACCUCGAAUGCCUCGCUCCCCGUCCUCGUCGCCGCCGGCGCCUUCUCCUUUAUCGUCGUCGCCGUCGUGCUCAAUGUCUUGAAGCAAUUGCUGUUCAAGAACCCCAAUGAGCCGCCAGUCGUCUUCCACUGGUUCCCGAUCCUCGGCAGCACGAUUACGUAUGGCAUGGACCCGUAUAAGUUCUUCUUUUCGAACAAGGAGAAGUACGGAAAUACCUUCACGUUCAUUCUGCUCGGGAAGAAGACGACUGUAUGCCUGGACACGAAAGGGAACAACUUCAUCCUAAAUGGGAAGAUCAAGGACGUCAAUGCGGAGGAGAUCUACAACCCGCUCUGCGGACCUGUUUUUGGCAAGGAUGUCGUGUACGACUGCCCGAACUCGAAGCUCAUGGAACAGAAGAAGUUCGUCAAGUUCGGCCUUACUCAAGACGCCCUGCGCUCCUACGUCCAGCUCAUCACAGCCGAGGUACAGGACUUUGUCAAGCGCCACAAGUCGUUCAAGGGUCAGAAGGGAACGUUUGACGUCCCCAAGGUCAUGGCAGAGCUUACCAUCUACACCGCAUCCCGCUCCCUUCAGGGCGAGGAGGUCCGCAACAUGUUCGACUCCCGCUUUGCCGACCUCUACCACGAUCUGGAUAUGGGCUUUUCUCCGAUCAACUUCAUGCUGUCGUGGGCACCGCUACCGCACAACCGAGCGCGCGACAAAGCACGCGAGACGAUGAUCAACCUAUACUCCGAGAUUGUCAAAAAGAGGCGGUCGGGCGCUGUAAAGAAGGAGGGGCAUGACAUGAUCUGGCAUCUGAUGGACUGCAAGUACAAGGACGGCUCGCCGGUUCCUGACCACGAGAUCGCAGGCAUCAUGAUUGCGCUCCUCAUGGCCGGCCAGCACUCUUCCUCCUCCACCAUCGCGUGGAUCCUCCUCCGUCUCGCACAAAAGCCUGAGCUCGUCGAAGAGCUGCUCGCUGAACAAAAGGCCGUUCUCGGCGAGGACCUCCCUCCGCUCACCCACGACGACCUCUCCCGCCUGCCCCUCCACGCCCAGACCGUCAAAGAAACCCUCCGCCUUCACGCACCAAUCCACUCCAUCAUGCGUAAGGUCAAGCAGCCUCUCGUUAUUGAAGGUACCAAUUACAUCAUCCCUCCUUCCCACACGCUCAUGUCGUCUCCCGGCGUGUCCGCACAAAUGGACUCGCACUUUGUCAACGCCUCCGUCUGGGACCCACAUCGCUGGGACGCCGGAAAGCACAACUUCGAAGACAACGACGAUGCGGACACGAUUGAUUACGGCUGGGGCGUUGUGUCAAAGGGUACAAACUCGCCGUAUCUGCCAUUUGGUGCGGGCCGCCACAGGUGCAUUGGCGAGCAGUUUGCCUACCUGCAGCUGCAGACGAUUCUUGCGGCUUUUGUGAGGGAAUUUAAGAUGAGAAAUCCGGGUGGUAGCAAGGAGAUUGUCGGCACGGAUUAUUCUAGUUUGUUCUCGAGGCCGCUGGCGCCUGCGGUUGUGGAGUGGGAGAGGAGGGGAAAGGAGUUGUAAAGAGUUUGUAUGGGGAUAUAUGGCUCAUGAUGUAGAUAUCGGAUUCGCUUCUGAGCCGCGCCGGUCAUGCGUUGAUGGCCUGGUUGCACGUACCGUUGUGAAGUAGCUUAAUAGUCUAAUAAUCGGCGACGCAGUAAUGAUAACUAUCCAAAUUAGAACUCAUCCUUCCGCUCGGGAU